GACAUUAAGUCAGCUGAAGGGCUGCUUUAGUUUUGCAGCUGCUGAAAAUACAUGCAGACAGUGAGAGGUCAAACACAAACCUGUUUAAACAAUCAGAAAUGCAAAGAAACUUUACAAACGGACUGUGCUACUACGGUCAUUUUUCCACAUAUUAAUGGAAGACUAAAAACCCUGAAAUCAAGCAGGUUUCAUCUUUAUUUCUCGCCUGCCUCAUUUGCAUUUCAGUCUGUGGAUCGUGCACAUCAAAGAGCCUCAGGUCGAUGUGAGGAGCAGCUGCAGAGCCACCGGAACGACAGAAGUUUCGCAUGUAUCAGCUGUAAUGUGGCAGAUACAGUAAACUGGUGUAAAACAUUUUGAAAUGCUCAUGAAGGCACAUUGUAAGAAUGCUGCUCUCUGUAGAGGUUAAUGGAGCUUGAAGUUCCAGGAAGAACUUUUGGGAUUUUGAUGAAAACCCCAUAAGGUUCAAACAUGAACAUAAAACUUCAUAAAUCCACAAUAGAGAUUAUUUUGUCAGAUGAAUGUUUCUUGCGCCUCAAAGAACAAACCAUCUGAAUGUUUGCUUCCCUCCAGAUUGCUCCAUCCUCCUGCUGGCCAGCGUGGUGUCCACUCUGGGCGGCCUGGUCUUCGGUUACGAGCUGGGCAUCAUCUCUGGCGCUUUGCUGCAGAUCAAGACCGAGUUCAGCCUCUCAUGUGUCCAGCAGGAGGCUCUGGUCAGCUCCUUGUUGACGGGAGCCUUGCUGGCCUCCAUCAUUGGCGGCUGCUUGAUCGACCGUCACGGCCGCAGGAACUCCAUCCUCCUCAGCAACGUCCUGGUCCUCGCCGGCAGCCUGGUCCUGCUCAUCAGCUCGUACCCGGCGCUGGUGCUGGGCAGGAUCACGGUGGGCUUUGCGAUGUGCAUAUCCUCCAUGUCCUGCUGCAUCUUUGUGUCUGAGAUGGUGACUCCUGACCGCAGGGGCUUCCUGGUAACACUGUACGAAGCAGGAAUCACUGUGGGCAUCCUGGCAGCUUAUGCCAUGAACUACGUCCUCUCUGGGUCCAAAACAGGCUGGAAGUGGAUGUUUGGCUUGGCUGUGGUACCCACUUUGGUGCAGCUGGUCUCCAUCUGGUUUCUUCCCUCCGGCGCUAAAGAAAGUUUCAGCCAAAGUGACUCUUCUCAAACUGAAAGAGACCUCAUGAGGACGAAUGAAACCCAGGAAGCAGAUGACUCAAAGGUCACCUCCAACACAGAGAGCAAGAAGGUUCAGUACAACAGCUUGUAUCUGUUCCAGCGACACGACAACAUGAGGACUCGGACCGUCAUCGGACUGGGAUUGGUUCUGUUUCAGCAGUUCACGGGCCAACCCAACGUUCUCUUCUACGCCUCCACCAUCUUCCACUCGGUGGGGUUCGAGAGCGACGCCUCGGCGGUGCUGGCGUCGGUGGGUUUGGGGCUGGUCAAAGUGAUCGCCACUCUGACGUCGAUGGUGUUUUUGGACCGGGUGGGAAGGAGGCCUCUGCUCAUCUGCAGCUGCUCGGUCAUGGCUGCGUGUCUGAUCGCCAUCGGGCUGCUCAGCGGGCGCUCGCUGAUGAAAGCUCCGAGGCCUUGUGGUUCUCAGGACGUCUCUGUCAACAGAACACAUCUACCUCAUUCACCUGCUCUUAGUCCAGUAGUUUUGGAACCACUGCUCAAUGCGAGUCACACACUUUUUAACAACAACACAGAAGAUGAAGCGUUUGAUGAAGCCAGACAGAUUUCUCCAGAACCUUCUCCGAGCGUCCGCGGCUCUGUUGUGAACUGGAUCAUUCUCAUGUGCAUGAUGGCGGUUGUCAGCGCGUACUCAGCUGGAUUUGGACCAAUGACGUGGCUUCUCCUGAGCGAGAUCUUUCCGGCUGCCGUCAGAGGGAGGGCGUUUGCCUUCACCAACUGCUUCAACUGGGCCGCCAACCUGCUGGUGACGUUCACCUUCUUGAACGUUAUUGAUGCGAUCGGCCUGUCGGGGGUUUUCCUCGUGUACGGACUGACCGCUGUGGCAGCUGCUGUGUUCUUCUACUUCAUGCUACCAGAAACCAAAGGGAAGAGUCUGGAGGACAUAGACAAGGAGCUCCGUGUGAACAGGUUUUACUACAGCGAGGAGUGCUGUGGCUUCAUCAGCCGCAGAAACAGGUCGCCUCGGUACCAGAGGGUCCGCUGCCAGUGUAGCACCUCUGGGUGACGGCUAAAGAAACUACCAGAGAAAGAAAUACAUCACUGGAGGUCAUGAAGGUCAAAGAAUGAUCAUCAACGCAUCGCGUUUUCUUCUGUGAGCUUGAUUAUGUAGAUCUGUGUGCUGCAACUUCAGAAACGUGUUUUUGAUUUUGUUCUGAUAAUUCGGUGUGUUGGCUUUAUAUUCACUGUGUAUUUAUUUACUCGUCUGAACAUCGCGCUGUGAUGGAUUGUCAUUUAAAGCCGUUUAUAAUCACAACAGCAGACUUUUUGUCUGGACAUAGUCAGAAAAGCACAAAAGGUGUAAUUAAUGCCAAUAAAAACUGCAUCACAAUCAGCUGAGGAAGUUCUGGUGUUUUGCGUUUGUGGCUACAGAAAAUAAAAGUAUUUGAACGAUAA